AUGGCAAGCUCUGCUGCUAGCAACUAUGUUGUUACCGCGUCUUCAGCUGAUGACAACUCUACUGUUAAAGCAACUUUGCUCUCUGCUAUCAGCGAACUCUGUUGUUUGAGCAACUCUACUGCCAGCGAACUCUACUGUUUGAGUAACUAUUCUGCCAGCGAGUCUUCAGUUUAUGACAGCUCUACUGUUAGCGAGUCUCCAGUUGAUAGCAUCUCUACUGUUAGCGAGUCCUUGAAUUUACCAGCAUUAGAACCUUCAUCCACCUACGUUUUACUGCUGCUCUUCUUAAUCAGCUUGAUCAUCAGUGUAAUAAUUCCAUAUGUUUGUAGAAGCUUCAAAUGUUGGCAUACUACAGAUCCAAUCCCGAUAUGCUGGCCAGUGGUCCGGAUGCUCCCGGCUCUUUUUCACAACUCCCACCGCCUCCACGAAUUUGCCACCGACGUCCUAAUACUCACCGGCGGCACUUUCAACAUAGGAGGGUGCUUGAAGGAUCUAAGCAGUCGAGAAUUGGGAGAGCUCGUGUAUCUUCAUGGAGCUUUAUGUGAGACCCUGAGGUUGUUCCCAUCUGUUGCUUUUGAACAUAAAUCGCCGCUACAGCCCGAUGUGCUGCCAAGCGGCGAAAGAGUGAUGCCGAAUACGAAGAUUGUGUUGUCUUUUUACUCGAUGGGGAGGAUGGAGAGUAUAUGGGGGAAGGACUUCAUGGAAUUCAAGCCGGAGAGAUGGAUCUCCGACAGUAAUAGGAACAGGAAUCUGCAUGUGCCGUCUUUCAAGUUUCCGGCGUUUAAUGCUGGCCCUAGGACAUGUUUGGGGAAGGAAAUGGCUUUUACACAGAUGAAGAUUGUGGCUUCUGUCAUAUUGCUUCGAUAUGAGAUUCAAGUUAUGGAAGAUCAUCCUGUAAUGCCGGCCUCUUCCAUUAUACUUCAUAUGAAGCAUGGCUUGAAGGUCAGGAUCACCCCAAGGGAUUGACCUCAUGUCGAUUGAAAUUAAUGAUUAGAUAAGAAUUAAGAAUACCAAACUUACUUUGGUUAAUCUUAAUGGACUGUUCUAUUUUAGUA